AUGGAGGACUCCAGCAAUAAAUUUAUUCCCGAGUAUCGGCGCACCAACUUCAAAAACAAGGGCCGUUUCCAGAGCGAUGAGUUGCGUAGACGAAGAGAGACCCAUCAAGUUGAUUUGAGAAAGCAGAAGAGAGAGGAAGUCCUUGCCAAAAGAAGAAACUACGUGGACAAUGCAGCCAACGCCAAUGAUUCCGAGGACGAGGAUGUAGCUGAUGACUACAGCAUGACUACUCGUGAGGAGCAAUCCUUUUACGGCAAGUUGGAGCAAGAUUUGCCAGGAAUGUUGGAGGCAAUCCACUCGACAGACUUCGAAACACGCUUGAACGCCACUGUCAAGUUCAGACAAGUAUUGAGCAGAGAACACAACCCUCCAAUUGAUUUGGUCAUUCGCAGCGGUGUCAUUCCCACCUUGGUUUCGUUCAUGGAGGAGGGUCAGCCUGACAUGUUGCAACUCGAGGCGGCAUGGGCCCUCACCAAUAUUGCAUCUGGUUCUUCUGACCAAACUCGUGUCGUGGUCGAGUCUGGCGCUGUACCUCACUUCGUUAAGUUAUUGUCCUCUCCCUCAUUGGAAGUUAAGGAGCAAGCUAUCUGGGCCUUGGGUAAUGUGGCUGGUGACUCCACCACGUACAGGGACUUUGUGUUGUCUAGUGGUGCCAUGGAGCCUGUGUUGGCUUUGUUCAACACCACCAAGAUCUCGUUGAUUCGUACUGCCACUUGGACUUUGUCAAACUUGUGCCGUGGUAAGAACCCCCAACCUGAUUGGAGUAUUGUUCAGCAAGCUAUUCCUGUAUUGGCUAAAUUGAUCUACUCUGUUGACUCCGAGACGUUGGUCGAUGCUUCAUGGGCCGUUUCCUACUUGAGUGACGGUACUUCUGAAGCUAUCCAGGCUGUUCUUGAUGCUAGAAUUCCACACCGUUUGGUCGAAUUGUUGUCUCACGACUCCACCCUUGUCCAGACCCCAGCAUUGAGAGCUAUCGGUAAUAUUGUCACCGGUAACGAUAUGCAGACACAGGUUAUGGUUAACUCUGGCGUUUUACACCACUUGGGUCCAUUAUUGGUGUCUUCCAAGGAAACUUUGAGAAAGGAGGCAUGUUGGACUAUUUCCAAUAUCACAGCAGGUAACUCUGAACAAAUCCAAGCCGUUAUCGAUGCUAACUUGAUCCCACCUAUUAUCAGAUUGUUGUCUCAGGGUGACUACAAAACCAAGAAGGAGGCUUGUUGGGCUAUUUCGAACGCUAGUUCCGGUGGUUUGACCAACCCAGACCAGAUCCGUUAUUUGGUCAGCCAAGGAUGCAUCAAGCCAUUGUGCGACUUGUUGGCUAUUGCUGAUGCCAAGAUCAUUGAAGUCACCUUGGACUCCUUAAUGAACAUCUUGAAGAUUGGUGAAUUAGACAAAGAGCAACGUCUGUCAACCAUCAACGAGUAUGCCGUGCAUAUUGAAGAGGCUGGUGGAAUGGAGAAGAUCUUCAACUGUCAAUCCAACUCAAAUGAGAGUAUAUACAACAAGGCCUACACAAUCAUCGAGAAAUACUUCGGCGAGGAUGAGGAUGAUGCUUUCAAUGAAGAUGGCUUGCAGCCAGAGGCUUACGGAGAUUCUUUUGGUUUUGGAGUGCCUACCAAUGGUGCUCAAAACAACCAAAACUUCCAGUUUUGA